AUGUCCUACUCAAAUCAAUCACAGACGAACAUCACUGUUGAACUGCAGUAUCAGGGGUUUCUGGAAAUAGUGUUCUUUACCAUUCUGACUACAGUGACAUGUUGUGUGUUUCUCUUCAUUAAUGUGACCUUGUUAUUCACCUUGAGGAGUAAACCAGUGUUUUGUGAGACCUCUCGUUACAUUCUGCUGUUUAACCUCCUUCUUGCAGACACUGUACUGAUGGCAGAGAGUCAGUUAAUGUACAUAAUCGCUGCUUGUAAAAUAACAAUGACAUAUCCUUUGUGUGGCUUUCUCAACAUGCUUGGUUAUCUCACAAAUGAAAUCUCUCCUCUCACACUGGUGGUGAUGUGUCUGGAGAGAUUUGUAGCUGUGUGUUACCCACUGAGGCACGCUGCCAUCAUCACCGUCAGAAACACAGGGGUGGCUGUUUGUGUUGUUUGGGCCUUCAGUUCACUCAGUGUUUUUAUCCAAGUUCUUCUAAUGUUAAAAUUUCCAUUUGCAGAGCUGGAGAGUCUGCAGAUGAAUGAUUUUUGUGGCAAAGACAAAAUGAUGUUUGAUCCAAUAGCUGCUGAUUUUGAGAAAGUCUACAAUUGUUUUCUGUUUGUAUUAGCUGGUGUGGCAAUCAUUUCCUCCUAUAUUGGUGUGAUGAUAGCAGCCAGGUCGGCCUCCACAGACAAAGCUUCAGCCCGUAAGGCUCGUAACACACUGCUGCUGCAUCUGGUGCAGCUGGGCCUCUGUCUCUCCUCAACUCUAUACAAUCCAUUGCUUAUCGUUAUCUUUGAAAACCUCGACAGGCCCAUGUUUUUGCGCAUCCAGAAUAUUAUUUAUAUUUGUACUAUCAUGCUUCCAAGAUGUCUGAGUGCUCUCAUCUAUGGUCUCAGAGACCAGACCAUCAGACCCGUCCUCAUGUACAAUCUCUGCUGCCAGAGAUUCUCACCUUUGCUCUCAGUCGUCCAAACCAAAGCUAAAAUCAGCAAACUUGUCACUUAAUUGAUGGAAUUUCUUAACAUAUCUCAUUUAAUUCAACUUAACAGAGAAUGUAGAAUG